AUGGCUAGGAUUCUCCUUCUCCUUCUCAUCAGCCUGGGGUUGAUCCUUACAGUCUCUUCAGGCUCCGCAACGGAGAUCAAACCAACACCCACACCUGACAAGAGUCCCAACACAACCACCGUUGGGCCUACAGCCAAUAGGACGACCUCAGGCUCCACAACGCGGGUCAAACCAACACCCACACCUGACAAGAGUCCCAACACAACCACCGUUGGGCCUACAGCCAAUAAGACAACCUCAGGCUCCACAACGCGGAUCAAACCAACACCCACACCUGACAAGAGUCCCAACACAACCACCGUUGGGCCUACAGCCAAUAGGACAACCUCAGGCUCCACAACGCGGGUCAAACCAACACCCACACCUGACAAGAGUCCCAACACAACCACCAUUGGGCCUACAGCCAAUAAGACAACCUCAGGCUCCACAACACGGAUCAAACCAACACCCACACCUGACAAGAGUCCCAACACAACCACCAUUGGGCCUACAGCCAAUAGGACAACCUCAGGCUCCACAACGCGGGUCAAACCAACACCCACACCUGACAAGAGUCCCAACACAACCAUUGGGCCUACAGCCAAUAAGACAACCUCAGGCUCCACAACACGGAUCAAACCAACACCCACACCUGACAAGAGUCCCAACACAACCACCAUUGGGCCUACAGCCAAUAGGACAACCUCAGGCUCCACAACGCGGAUCAAACCAACACCCACACCUGACAAGAGUCCCAACACAACCACCAUUGGGCCUACAGCCAAUAAGACAACCUCAGGCUCCACAACGCGGGUCAAACCAACACCCACACCUGACAAGAGUCCCAAAACAACCACCGUUGGGCCUACAGCCAAUAGGACGACCUCAGGCUCCACAACGCGGAUCAAACCAACACCCACACCUGACAAGAGUCCCAACACAACCACCAUUGGGCCUACAGCCAAUAGGACAACCUCAGGCUCCACAACGCGGGUCAAACCAACACCCACACCUGAAAAGAGUCCCAAAACAACCACCGUUGGGCCUACAGCCAAUAGGACAACCUCAGGCUCCACAACGCGGGUCAAACCAACACCCACACCUGAAAAGAGUCCCAAAACAACCACCAUUGGACCUACAGCCAAUGGGACGACCUCAGGCUCCACAACGCGGGUCAAACCAACACCCACACCUGAAAAGAGUCCCAAAACAACCACCGUUGGGCCUACAGCCAAUAGGACAACCUCAGGCUCCACAACGCGGGUCAAACCAACACCCACACCUGACAAGAGUCCCAACACAACCACCGUUGGGCCUACAGCCAAUAGGACAACCUCAGGCUCCACAACGCGGAUCAAACCAACACCCACACCUGACAAGAGUCCCAACACAACCACCGUUGGGCCUACAGCCAAUAGGACGACCUCAGGCUCCACAACGCGGGUCAAACCAACACCCACACCUGAAAAGAGUCCCAAAACAACCACCAUUGGACCUACAGCCAAUAGGACGACCUCAGGCUCCACAACGCGGGUCAAACCAACACCCACACCUGACAAGAGUCCCAACACAACCACCAUUGGGCCUACAGCCAAUAAGACAACCUCAGGCUCCACAACACGGAUCAAACCAACACCCACACCUGAAAAGAGUCCCAAAACAACCACCAUUCGGCCGACAACCAAACAGACACCCCGACAUCCCACAACGGAGGCCAGAUCAUCAACCUCUCAUUCGACCUCCAUGACGAGAAAGCCGACUCCACCGCCAUCUACUCCCACUUUGUCAAGGACAACAAUACGUCCUGUAAAGAUCUUUUAUGCCAACUACCACAUCGAGAAUAAAGAUUUCAAUUCCAGCUUAGAGGAGCCGAGCAGCCCUUAUUAUCAGGAGCUGAAGAAAGCCAUCGGAACGAUGUACAACAACUUGUACAACUGUACCGGUUGCGGUUAUGCAGGCUUUGACAUAAUCUCAUUCAGCCAAGGUUCGGUGGCAGUGCAGUCAAAAUUAUAUUUCGAAGGAACAAACAUUAAAUCAGAAAGUGAGCUCGAGAAAAUUUUGAGAGAAGCAGGCCCGGCAUCCACAGCAGAUCUACUGUUAAGCAAAGUGGAAGUGAGUAGCAGCCCCAUCCCUCCGCCCUCGGAGACCGUCCCAGGCUGGGGCAUCGCUCUUCUGGUUCUGGUCUCCGUCCUCGUAUUUUUCCUGCUCCUCGCUCUAUUGUGGCUGCUCAUCCGCUUCUGCCGACGGAAGCAACGGGGAAGCAUGGAACUGCUCAGUAGCCGGGAUUCGUACCACCCAAUGAACGAGUACCCCACCUACGCCACCCACGGCCGCUUCGCGGGCCCCAGCAACAAGCAAAACCCUUACGACGAGGGGCACCCCAAAAACGGCACGAAGCCCUUCUCUUAUACCAACCCUGCCAUGGCAAAUGAAGAAUUGUAGGGGCGCUUUUCCUACAGCUGGACUUUAGAGGGAGGGGUGAAUUGGAAAAGAAAUUGAACUUUUUUUUUUUUGGACCACCGAGCCCCAGUGAAAAAGUGGGAUGAUUUUUCGGGGGGGGGGGCGGCUUCCGAAGAAUUGCUCGCCUCCUCCGUUGACCAGGAACAGAAUUACGGAUGGAGGGUGGUGGUGAAGAAGGAAUUCGUUGCCCUUCCUAGACAAUGAGGACUAGAAACUGGGGAGCGACUUAUUGACCAAGCUGGGCGAUUUUACUUUCCAAAAAAAUAAAUAAAUCUCCAUGCCGGUGGAACUCCCCGCCACAAGCAUCUCGACAGGAAGUCAAUGCGACGAAUUUGCUUUACGGAGUGACUGUUUUGCUUGAUUAAUUUAUGGCCAAUUUAUUAAUUUAUGGAGACGGGCUGGGAAGUUUCGUAGCUGGAGAAGAGGCUGAGUGCGUCUCCGGAGAAGAAGAAUCGAAGGCGGGAAGUUUUUUUUAGGGUUCGCUCUGCGAUUUUGGGUCGAUUUUGGACGUAAAAGAGAGGAAGGAGAGAUUCUGGGCUUUCCCCGUUUCUUUCUUCCCCUCUCUUGAAAAAAAUAAAAAUAAAAAGAGUUCCGGAGAAGCCAACUUUGGAGACAUGAAGGAAUGGAAUAAAUGAA